CCAAAAAAUUGCCAGUUGCAAUGCAAGUUUUCGGAGUAUUUUGAUGGUUUUGGACCGAUUUUGUUUCGUGGAUUAUGACUUCCGGGUUGCUAACAGCUCAGCAAGUUGCUGAGCUGUUGCAAGAGGAUUCCGAUGAUGAAGAGGCGAUCGGGGACUUCGAAAUAGAGGGGGAUGCCCAGCUUUUAGAUCACGAAGUUGGAAAUCGCUGAAUCCCACGGAAUAUCGAGCCUGCUGAGCUAGAUUCUGCCUUGAAUCAUGACCCGGAAGUGAAUGACGUAAGUUCCAGCUGUGUACAAAGUAAAAUUAAUGCCGCUUGGAGUCUCUAUUUGUUUCUACUUUGUAAAAAUGGCCAAAAAAUUGCCAGUUGCAAUGCAAGUUUUCGGAGUAUUUUGAUGGUUUUGGACCGAUUUUGUUUCGUGGAUUAUGACUUCCGGGUUGCUAACAGCUCAGCAAGUUGCUGAGCUGUUGCAAGAGGAUUCCGAUGAUGAAGAGGCGAUCGGGGACUUCGAAAUAGAGGGGGAUGCCCAGCUUUUAGAUCACGAAGUUGGAAAUCGCUGAAUCCCACGGAAUAUCGAGCCUGCUGAGCUAGAUUCUGCCUUGAAUCAUGACCCGGAAGUGAAUGACAACUCUGAUGUUGACGAUGGUGAUGAAGCGUGGGAUCAACCAUCUGGUUCUUCCCAACACAGUGACUCCAGCACUGACCAUGAUGAUGCUGACCGUGGGAGGAGAGGGAGAGCAAGACUUAGAGCUCAUAGAGAAUCUGAUGCUGACUAUGGUGCAGAGCAAGGGGACACACAGUCAAGCUCCUCAGACAACGAAGAUGACACUGGCAGUGACUAUGAUGGAGCAGCACCUGAUCGUGGGAGACGCAGACCGAGAGGCAGGGGUCGAGGAAGAGGUCGGGGUCGAGGAAGAGGUCGGGGACAAGGAAGAGGUCGGGGACGAGGGAGAGGUAGGGGUCAAGGACAAGGUCAGGGUCGAGGACGAGGUCAGGGUCAAGGACGAGGAAGAGGGAGGGCCCGCCAGAAUGUUCAGGGACAGGCUGCAAACCCUGCCCCAGGUGGACAAAACCAGGCUCCAGUUUUCGAUUGGACGACAUUUGAACAAGAAGACAUUCAAAUUAGGUACUUGCCAUUCCGUGCACAGGUGGGCCUCUCUGACGCUGCUCAGAAUAGUGAUUCUGUGUUGGAUUUUUUCGAACUUUUUGUUGAUGCAGACUUGCUCGAUAUUCUCGUUCUGGAAACCAACCGUUAUGCAGAUCAACAAAGGCUCCAAAAGCCAAGCAAUCUGCCAUGGACAGAUGUAAAUCAUGAUGAAAUGAAAACUUUUAUUGGGGUCAAUAUAGCAAUGGGAAUUGCUAAUUUGAAGCGGUUCUCAGAUUAUUGGUCUUCAGAGCCCAUUACAGCCAUUCCGUGGUAUGGUUCAGUGUUCUCUCGUACAAGGUUUCUUCAAAUUCUGCGAUAUUUGCAUUGUGCUGACAAUGAGCAGGAGAGGCCCCGUGGACAUCCAGAUUAUGAUAAACUGCACAAAGUACGUCCUGUCCUUGAGCGUAUUCUGGAGAACUGCCAAACAAAAUACACGUGUGAGAGAGAAAUUUCCAUCGACGAGCAAAUAGUCGGUACACGCUGUCGAAUAGGAUUCAUCCAGUAUAUGCCAGCCAAACCCACAAAAUGGGGCAUCUAAGUGUGGGUGCUGGCAGAAGCUGAAUCAGGCUAUGUUGGGAACUUUCAGGUGUAUACAGGAGCAGCAGAAGGGGCAGAACAUGGCCUGUCACACAGGGUUGUGUAUGAUCUUCUCCGCCCACUGUGGCUGAAUCUGGGGUACUCGUUGUACACAGAAAACUUUUAUACGUCUCCCCAGUUGUGCAGUGACCUUCUCAAUGACAAUACGUACCUUACAGGAACUGUUAGGCCUAACAGAAGGCACUUUCCAGAUGAACUGAAGGUAAAUAACUUGGUAUUGAACCGUGGUGAGGUUGAAUUUCGACACAGUGAUGGCAUCAUGGCACUUCGUUGGAAAGACAAAAGAGAUGUGUUCGUCUUGUCGACACUUCAUGGGAAUGGUAUGGAGGAAGUUCCACAGCUACGUGAUCGCGACCAAAAUGAGAGAAGGUACAAGCCAGUGGCUGUAGUACAAUACAACGACCACAUGGCCGGAGUUGACAGGUGUGACCAGCUUCUUUGCUAUUAUUCACUUGGACGAAAAACAAUGAAAUGGUGGAGACGACUCUUCUGGCGCCUCCUAGAGAUCGGUGUGUUGAAUUCUUUUCGUCUAUACCAAAAGAAACAUGGCAAAAGGAAAGAAGAGGACCAGAAAUGGUUCAGAACCAAGUUAGCUCAUGCUCUGGUGGAUCCUUUUGUUGAAAAUCGGGAUGAUGGUCCGGAUCAGCGGCCAAGGCCUGGACGGCCUCGCACACCUGGUAUUGAUCGUCUCUCGGGUCAUCACAAAAUCGUCACAGGGAAUCGUGGAAGGUGCAAAGUGUGUGCUAAGCAGAAAAAAGACAAAUUCUGAAAAUGGUAUGGAAACUAGAGGGGUUUUUCUUGAUAUUGCGGGGGCCUUUGAUGCUGUUCCGCAUUUUCUUCUCCUUCAAAAGCUUAAGGCCUAUGGUAUAAGGGGAAAACUUCUUGAACUGCUCAGGUCGUACCUUUCAAACCGCAAGGUUAAGGUAAAGAUCGAAAGUUCUUCUUCGGAUCUGAGCCCGACAGGUUAUAUUAAUAGUGGUGUUCCACAGGGUUCUAUACUUGGCCCGCUCCUCUUCUUAUUGUAUAUUAAUGAUCUAAGUGAUGUUGUUAAAAAUUGUAUCUUGUAUCUUUAUGCUGAUGACAGUUCUUUAUUUCUCCCGGCCUUGCCGAAUUCCACUGACGAAACCCAUACUCUUAUUCAAAAUGACCUUCACAAUUUGUCAGUUUGGUCGGAUGUGUGGAAACUUGAUUUUAAAGCGUCAAAAAGCAAAGAGGUCAUAUUUCACUCUCCUCGUAAAACUAUCAAUAACCAUCCACCUCUGUCUUUGGGUACGGGAGUUAUUCCAAGGGGCGCAUUCCAUAAGCACCUUGGUGUUACACUUGAUGAGUGUUUGACUUUUAGCAUGCAUAUCAACAAUAUUGUAGUAAAAUGUAACAACAUGUUAAAUCCACUGAAUGCUUUGAAGUUUACGGUUCAAUCAAGGCAUCUUGAACGCAUGUAUCUAUCAUUUAUAUUACCUCAUCUUGAAUAUGGAUCUAUUAUAUUUGACUUUACCAAUCAGGGUCUACUUUCUCAAUUAGAUAAAAUCCAUUAUAGGGGUGCCAUUAUAGUCAGUGGUUGUAUUCAUGGGACUAACACCCAAAAGGUUUUAAAAUGUUUGGAUUGGAUGUCACUUUCUGCUCGGCGUAGGGAAAAAAGAUUGGUGCUUAUGUAUGAGGUACAACACAAUUUGGUACCAUGUUAUGUCAAUGAAAUCUUUGACAUUUAUCGUAAUCGGGCGCCUCCUGGCCGUUUAAGGACUCAGCGAGACUAUGUACUUCCCCCUAGAUCAUCUGCAAGAUUUAGCAAGUCAACUGUGCCAUGUGUAAUUAGAGAUUGGGAGUCUGUGCCUGUCAAUAUAAAAAACUGCUUCUCAAGAAACUCAUUUAAAUACAAUAUCCGAAUUUUUCUGAGAGGUAAACAUAACCUUCUUACUUCUACAAAAUUGGCUCUUACUCGUAAAAAUGAACUUUCACUCAAUAGGACAAGGUGUGACUUAGUUUUUCGGUGUCACUUUUAUUCCCACAAUUUUACCAACGUUUUAAGUCCAUCUUGUGAUUGCGGGGCUCACUCCCAAUCUACUAAACACCUUCUCUUUAAUUGCCCUUUAUUAAAUGAUUUACGUAACAAUUUCUUGAAUGAUCCUGGUUUGCUGCCACACCUUACUUCUGUUAGGUUUUUCAAUCUUCGUGUUGAUGAGAGGCUCCAUUUUCUUCUUAAUGGUCAAUUUUCAUUGGACCUUACUUCAAACAGGCUUGUUGUAGAAAAAACAGCCACUUUUCUCAGUAAUAUUAUCGCCUUUUCUGGUAACUAGUGCCAGAUCAAUUGAACCCCUCAUCAAUCACUACCUUUGUACAAACUAUAACUAUUUGUGUUACUUUACCUUUACUUGCAUCCCUUUCUUUCCAUUCAAAGUACCUUAUCUUGAUUCAACUUGUUCUUUGUAUACCAUUGUAACCAGGGCUAUUAAUGCUUUCAGCCUAAGCCCUGGCAAUUGUCUCAAUAUGUAAUUUUGUUUAUUUGGAUUUAAUAAAUAAUAAUAAUAAUAAUAAAGACAAUGGGAAAUACAGAGACACAAAAACUGUGAACUUCUGUGAGACCUGCCAAGUCAAUCUAUGUCGAGGUGUAUGUGAGCAAAUGUGGCAUUCUCGGGCCGAACUGCGCAAUAUUCGUGGCUGAUAAACAACACAAUCUUGGCAACAAAGGUACAUUUUUCACAGGUAAGUGGUAAAACCUGCUGAGAUAGUUCAUUGUGAAUAGCUUGGAGUCACAAAACAGCGAAGUUCAUGAAGGAAAUGUGAUUUUUUUGAUAAGUAAGGGCCAUUCUAAGACAAAUUUUGAGAUUUCCGGUAAUAUGCUAAUUAGGUGACGUCAUCACCUAAUUUGCAUAAUGAAAAAAAAGGAUGAAAAUGGUGCCAACAGAUA